AUGGCCUUGCUUAGAAAGCAUGGCAUCAGAGAACCUACCUCAAGGUUCCACCAGACACCAUCGCAGUCAGGCCAGCAGCAGCAGCCUCAUCUUCCCCAUGGCCUUCAUGCUCUCUCUACUGAUGGCCCUUUGCUCCAGCAGAGCGUCACCCUCUUCCACACAGAGCGCGCCUCUGCUGCCUGGGACACCAGCCUCCUGGAGCAGCUCCGCACUGGACUCCACCAGCAGCUGGACCACCUGGACGCCUGCCUGGGGCAGGUGAUGGGAGAGGAAGACUCUGCCCUGGGAAGGACGGGCCCCACGCUGGCCGUGAGGAGGUACUUCCAGGGAAUCCAUGUCUACCUGCAAGAGAAGGGAUACAGCGACUGCGCCUGGGAAAUUGUCAGAGUGGAGAUAAUGAGAUCCUUGUCUUCAUCAACCAGCUUGCAAGAAAAGUUAAGAAUGAUAGAUGGAGACCAGAACUCACCUUGA